AUGGGUAUGAGUGAAACGAAUAUAUAUAAAAUCAUUGAAACAAAAAUAGUAAACAAUUUUAUUAACUUUUCAAAUUCUUAUUGUUUAAUCUCAAUCACAGUAAUGUUUGUUGCCAGAAGAGUUGGAAACAAAGUAAACAGCCUCAGAUUGGCCAAGAACGCCACUGGUGUCGUUAGUGCCAACGUCGUCCCAAAGAGAGGUUACUUAAAGUCAAACAAGGCUACCUUUGCUGCCGUCCAAAGCUCAGAGCAAGCCUACCUUGAUCAAUUCAAGGCCGAGUUUGAUGCCAUCCCAGAAGACAACUCUGAUGAUGUCAACCUUGAGAAGCUCACUGAAAUGCAAGGUGUUGUACAUCAAGUAAUUGGUGCCGUAGUUGAUGUCUACUUCCCACACGGAAAGUUGCCAUUGAUUUACGAUGCCUUGGUCGUAGAGAAUUUCCAAGCUGAGAACGUCGAAAAGGUAAUUGAAGACUUGAACAAUCCAGCUUUGGAGGGUAAGCUCGAUAUGCAAAGUGUACCAAUCUCACACAUCAAGUUGGUACUCGAAGUCGCUCAACAUUUGGGUGAUGGUGUCGUCCGUUGUGUCGCCUUGGAAAUUACUGACGGUUUGUCCCGUGGUACUGUCGUCCAAAACACUGGUGCUCCAUUGAAGGUUCCAGUCGGUCGUCCAACUCUUGGUCGUAUCAUGAACGUCACUGGUGAGCCAAUCGACGGUUGCGGUCCAAUCAAGGCUUCCGAGAGACUCCCAAUUUGGCGUGAACCACCCAAGUUUGAUGAGUUGGCUCCAUCCGCCGAGAUUUUGGUCACCGGUAUCAAGGUUAUUGAUUUGUUGACCCCAUACGCUAAGGGUGGUAAGAUUGGUUUGUUCGGUGGUGCUGGUGUCGGUAAGACUGUGUUGAUUCAAGAGUUGAUUAACAACGUUGCCAAGUCCCAUGGUGGUUUCUCUGUAUUCACUGGUGUCGGUGAGCGUACUCGUGAGGGUAACGAUUUGUACCACGAGAUGGUUACCGCCGGUGUCAUCAAGUUACAAGGUUCCGGUGAGACCUUCUCCACCGAGGGAUCCAAGGUAUCUUUGGUGUUCGGUCAAAUGAAUGAACCACCAGGUGCUCGUGCUCGUGUCACCUUGACUGGUUUGACUGUCGCCGAGUAUUUCCGUGACGCUGAGAAUCAAGAUGUAUUGUUGUUCAUUGAUAACAUUUUCCGUUUCACCCAAGCCGGUUCUGAAAUGUCUGCCCUUUUGGGUCGUAUUCCAUCCGCCGUAGGUUACCAACCAACUUUGGCCACUGAUAUGGGUAGUAUGCAAGAACGUAUUACCACCACCAAGAACGGUUCCAUCACUUCCGUACAAGCCGUAUACGUACCAGCUGACGAUCUUACUGAUCCAGCCCCAGCCACUACAUUUGCACAUUUGGACGCCACCACUGUGUUGUCUCGUGCCGUCUCUGAGUUGGGUAUCUAUCCAGCCGUAGAUCCAUUGGACUCUACCUCUUUGAUGUUGGAUCCAAACAUCAUCGGUGAGGAGCAUUACAAGACUGCCACCGACGUACAAAAGAUUUUGCAAGAGUACAAGGGUCUCCAAGAUAUCAUUGCCAUUUUGGGUAUGGACGAUUUGUCUGAGGAGCAAAAGACCACUGUAUACCGUGCCCGUAAGAUUCAACGUUUCUUGUCGCAACCAUUCGAAGUCGCUGAGGCUUUCACCAACAUGAAGGGUGCCUUGGUACCAUUGAAGGACACCAUUGCCGGUUUCAGAGAUAUCUUGUCCGGUCAAUACGAUCACUUGCCAGAGAAUGCCUUCUACAUGGUCGGUAACAUCAAGGAAGCCGAAGAGAAGGCCAAGCAACUUUUGGCUUCCGCCGAGGGUGAAACCAAGAAGGAGACCAAGAAGGUUGACGGUACCGUCGAUAACUCCAAGAGAGAGUCUACCCGUGACAAGAUCAAGCGUCUCUCUGAGGAAGCCUACGCUGCCAAGGUUGCCCAAAUGAAGAAAUAUAACGUUGACACCAAGGAAAUCGAAGCCCUCAAGGCUGAAUUUGACAAGACUUUUGAUAAGGAAGUUGCCGAGAUUGAAAAGGUCUUUGGAAAUAAUAAUAUUACUCUUGAGUCACUCUCUCUAUAA